AUGUCCAAACCACAGCGAAAACUCGCUUCAAAAAAAUUGGAUUUGAGCGUGUUGCGCCACAGUACAAAAUCAGGUCGUGGCUGUGAGUUUUUGGAUUUCUGUGAAACCCAUGCAACAGAAAUCAUGGAAUGUCUAACACUCCAACAACAAAUGAAAUUGUUGAGAAGUGAAAAAUGGCUUGAAAGGGUUUCAAUUGAAACGAAAGCCAAAGUGUUGGGUGUCUCACCCUCGACGGCCCGCCUCAACAACUUGUAUGAUGAUGUCGAAGGGAAGUCUGGAAGAAAACGAGAAAUUAAUCAAUCGAGGAUGCCGUUGUUGUUGGAAACAAUACGAGAAAGACAAAACACCACCAAACCAAUUACCACUAAAGAGAUGGGAAAUAUUGUAGAAGGAGUUGUUGGGAAGAAAGUAUCAAAAAGAACCAUCGCAAAACAGUUUGAGAAGGGAGUGUUUAAUUAA